AUGAAAGAAGUGGUGAAAAAGGAAGUGAUUAAAUGGUUAGAUGCGGGAAUCAUAUUCCCCAUCUCUGACAGCAACUGUGUUAGCCCAGUGCAGUGUGUACCAAAAAAGGAAGGUAUGACGGUAGUGAAAAAUGAGAAGAAUGAUUUGAUCUCUACACGAACAGUCACAGGAUGGCGAAUCUGUAUGGACUACAGGAAGUUGAACUUGGCCACCAGGAAGGACCACUUUCCACUGCCAUUCAUUGAUCAGAUGCUCGAUAGAUUGGAAGGGAGGUCUCACUUUUGCUUCCUGGAUGGGGUAGCUUUUGAGGAAUUAAAGAAGAGACUGGUGACAACACCUAUCAUAGUUGCCCCCAAUUGGGAGCAACUAUUUGAACUGAUGUGUGAUGCUAGUUACUACGUUGUGAGAGCAGAGAUGCUGGCAGUGGUGUUCGCAUUUGACAAGUUCAGGUCUUACCUGAUAGGCUCAAAGGUAAUUGUUUAUACUGACCAUGCUACUCUCAGGUUGGAAGGAGCUGAAAAGAAGGUUGAGGUAGAAGAGAUUCUGGAAACUUUUCCAGAUGAACAACUACUAACAAUGAGCGUCAAGGAAGCACCAUGGUAUGCAGACAUUGCAAACUACCUGGCGAGUGGUAUUGUUCCUUAUGACCUUUCUUCUGUUCAAAAGAAAAAGUUCUUUCGCAUGUCAUGCAUCACCAUAUGGUGGGCACUUCGGGGGAGUGAGGACAGCGCGAAAGUCUUGGAGUCAGGGUUCCAUUGGCCAACAUUGUUCAAAGAUGCACAUCUAUGGAUAAAGGGUUGUGAUGAAUGCCAACGAACUGGGAACAUUUCCCGUAGACAUGAGAUGCCCAUAAACCCAGUUCAGGAAGUAAAAGUGUUUGAUAUAUGGGGGAUCAACUUCAUGGGGCCGUUCGUCAGCUCAUAUGGCAACAAGUACAUACUUAUCGCUGUGGACUACGUAUCCAAAUGGGUGGAAGCUGUAGCACUCACUGCAAAUGAUGUAAAAGGGGUAAUUGGUUUUCUGAGGAAGAAUAUUUUCACCCGAUUUGGCACCCCAAGAGCAAUAAUCAGUGACGGAGGCACUCACUUUUGCAAUCGAGCCUUUACUAAGUUGUUGGAGAAGUAUGAUGUACGCCACAAUGUAGACACCCCAUAUCAUCCACAGACAAGCGGGCAAGUGAAAGUCUCAAAUAGAGAAAUAAAGAGUGUGCUGACAAAUACUGUGAAUGCAACUAGAACAGAUUGGGCAAGGAAGUUAGACGAUGCAAUGUGGGCAUAUCGAACCGCUUUCAAAACUCCAAUUGGCAUGUCUCCAUACAAAUUGGUAUUUGGGAAGGCGUGUUAUUUACCCGUAGAGUUGGAACAUAGAGCUUGGUGGGCGUUGAGACAGUUGAAUCUUGAUAGUGAAGCAGCUGGAACAAAUAAAGUAACAGAAUUGCAUGAGCUGAUGAGUUCAGAUAUCACGCUUUUGAGAGCACAAGAUUAUACAAUGAGAGAAUAA